AUGUCUCUCCCAGUGCAGAUGGCCAUGAAACUGUCGAAUGGCGUCAAUCCGUCCCCCAUCAUGCUCCCGCUCCAGCAACAACAGAUGCAAAUGAUGCCCCACGCCCACGCUGCGCAAGCCCAGGCCCAAGCGCACGCCCAGGCUCAAGCCCAGGCUCAAGCUCAGGAUCAGGCCCACGCUCAGGCCCACGCUCAUGCUCAGAACCAGGCGCUUGUCCAACAGCAGCAGCACCAGCAGCAGCAACAGGGCCAGCAACAACAACAAGUUGGUCAGCCGCCUCAGCAGCUGCUCCAGAACGGCGAGAGGUCGGUGUUGGCAGAAACAACAUCACAGACGUGGCUUGCCGUGGGCUCGUUGGCAGAAUCGCUAGGCGACUUAGAAAAAGCGCUGUCUGCGUACGACGCUGCUUUGAGACACAACCCUAACAGCCCUGAGGGCCUCAUCAGAAUGGCCAACAUCUACAGACUGAGAGACCACUUUUUGAAAGCGGCAGAGCUCUACGAGCAGGCCCUCUCUUUUAACAAUGAGAAUGGUGAUACCUGGGGGCUUUUGGGCCAUUGCUACCUCAUGAUGGACGACUUGCAAAGAGCCUAUGCCGCCUACCAGAGAGCAUUGUACUUUUUGGACAACCCCAACGUGCCUAAGUUGUGGCACGGAAUCGGUAUCUUAUACGACCGCUACGGCUCGUUGGAAUACGCCGAGGAAGCGUUUGUGCGUGUGCUAGACUUGGAUCCCAACUUUGAAAAGUCCAACGAGAUCUACUUCAGACUAGGCAUUAUCUAUAAGCACCAGGGCAUGCUUCCUUCCGCUUUGGAGUGCUUCCAGUACAUUUUGUCGAACCCACCUCACCCAUUGACCCAGCCAGACGUGUGGUUCCAGAUUGGCUCGGUGCUCGAGCAGCAGAAGAAUUGGAACGGCGCCAAGGAGGCCUACGAGAAGGUGUUGGAGGUGAAUCCCAACCACGCCAAGGUUUUGCAGCAGUUGGGCUGCUUGUACUCGCAAGCGGAGUCGGCGGCCUCGCCAAACGAACAGGGUCAGGGUGCUCAGGGCCAGCAACCUUUCCAGCAGGAUCUCAACAUUGCUCUCAAGUACCUCACGCAGUCGAUUGAGAUCGACGCGAGCGAUGCCCACUCGUGGUACUACUUGGGCCGUGUUCACAUGAUCAGAGGUGACUUCAAUGCUGCCUAUGAAGCCUUCCAGCAAGCAGUCAAUCGUGACGCGAGAAACCCUACGUUCUGGUGCUCCAUCGGUGUGCUCUACUAUCAAAUUUCACAAUACCGUGAUGCUCUCGAUGCCUACACCAGGGCUAUUCGUUUGAAUCCAUACAUUUCUGAGGUCUGGUACGACUUGGGCACAUUAUAUGAAACUUGCAACAACCAAAUCAGCGAUGCCUUGGACGCUUACCGCCAGGCUGAGCGUUUGGAUCCAGGUAAUCCACAUCAAAGCCCGUUUGGAGCAAUUGAUCAAGUACCAACAGGACGGCAACACCCAUCCACCUCAACCUCCUCCAGUGAAUCAGCAACCUCGUUUGCCUCAGGGAAUGGUGUUGGAAAGCACGCAACCUCAACAACCUCAACAGCCCCACCCCCUCAGCAAUUCUCCCAAGGUCCCCCACCACCUCCUCCACAGCUUCUGCAAGGCCAGCGUCCACCCCAACAACCGGUGGGUUUCCCAGGCCAAGGUCUUCAACCCCAUCAAGUUCCUCCACAACAGCAGCCUCAGCAGCCUCAGCAGCCUCAGCAACAACCCCAGCAACCGCAGCAGCAGCAACAACAACAACCACCUCAGCCGCAACAUCAACCUCUGACACCUUAUCAGGCGCUGAUAAGUAGGCCACAAUUAGGAUCGCAGCCUCCUCAUGUUCAGCAACAACAACUGCAGCAGCAGCAACAGGCGGGCCAAUCACUUUCACAACCUCAACCGCCUCAAGGUGCUCCUCAAUUCCAAUCUCAUCAGCAAAGUAACACCUCGCUGCAAUUACCGACACCUCAGCAGCAACAGCAACCGUUGCAUCAUCUUCCUGGUGUCGCAGGACCUUCUGAGCACACUCCAGCCCAGGCUUCCGGUUCAGUAAAUGUGUCUCCUGCUCCUCCUGUGGGUGCCAACACUUCUAGUUCCACGGCGCUUCCUCCAGUUCAAUCAAGAGUGGAGGUCAAGGAGCACACGCCUGCUCUGGCCCCAGGUGAUCAAGCUCCUCCACAGCAGCCAGAGCUUUCGAAACAGGCUACUCCGUUGGAAAAUCAGAACCCGAAUGACCAAACCAAUGGGUCACUAAAACAUGAUUUGGAGGAUAAGUCAGAUAAUAAGACAUUGAAAAAGCCCUCGGUGGCUCCCGAAGAAGGUGUUCAAAAGAGGGAUGAUCGUCCUAAUGGCAGUUCCGCUGAUCAACAAAAGGAAGGUUCAGCUGCACCAGAAAAAGCUGAAGAGUCAACUAGAAGAGAUCCAGGUCCAGCCUCUGCUCCGGGCCCAAGUGUGAAUCCUCAGCCUGUGGUGACAGACGCGAAUGCAUCCAACAACAAUGGUCCCCAGUUUUCCAAGAACGUGACCGAGGGCGAGAAUAAGGAAGAGAAUGAAAAGGAGAAAGACAAUGAGGAUGAAGAAGAGGAAAAGAAACAGGAUCCAGUGGAGCCUCCUUUGCGUAAGGUGGACGAGGACGAAAAUUACGAUGACGAGUAA